UGCAGUUAACGUGGUACAGUUGACACAAAUUUCGAGAUCACAUAAUUUGCUGGACUGGAAUUCGUCAAACCACUAGGCCUAACCAUAGACUGUAUAUAUUCUUUUAUACGGUCAAUGGGCCUCACCUAUUACUUUUUUAAAAAUAUCAAUGAUGGCUCCUCUGCGGAUCCAGUCCGCGUUUUGCGUACGUCUGCGUGAACCGUGCGUCGGCUGAAGAAGAGAGGCGGGUAAAAUGUAAACACUGAUCCAAAACCAGGAGUCCGCGUUUGGUAGAAAUAACUAUUUUUUACGUCAACUACUGUUGGUUUUAUUUGUUAUGUUUACACUUCCGUGCCAGAGUCAAAGUUUUUUAUGCAAGGAAUGAGAGAUUGCCUUAUAAACUUUACGUUACGUUGGUUAGCUAGCUCUUUGACAGCUAACACAACAUUAGCUAGCAAGAUACUUUACCAUAGCAACCACUGCAAGUUCUGUUUUUGUCAGUCUUAAUGAAGUUUCAUGGAGGACUAUAAGAAGUUUGUAGACUUUAAUUUGUCUCGGCUAAAAAGGACUAAAGAUGUUGAUGAGAACAAACCGAAGUCACCAUCUCUUAUCUGUUUCCAUGGUCGACCUAUCCUCCCUCCUCUGCUUUCAGGGGCACAGAGAGAAGAGAUGGGCAAACUCAAAGAGACUGCACAAAAGGCUGCUGAAAGAAACAGGAAGCACAAAGAUGAUACAAGAAUGUCCUAUGUCCAAACCAUUCUUCACAGUGUUCAUAUAAGAAAAACACCAACACUGGAAGAGCUCCUCAAAGAAUCAGAUUUUGGCACUCGUGCAUCGCCCAGUGACAGUAUCAGUGGAUCCUUGUCACAAAACAUUUUUACAAAGAAAUAUCUCCAUGUCCAGGAAAGUCUCCAUCCACUCACGUCAACCACGUGCAGUGACCUUUUGACCUCUCAUUUACCUCCUCAAACAAGGUAUAAUGAAAUAAGACAUAAUUUCCCUCAAGACAGUGAAACAGCUUUAGAUUUGCAUUCAAGUAAGACCUACUUCCACCAAUUAUAUUCAUGUUAUGAUAGUUACACAAAUGUAGAGAACACCAUCAUGGCCAUAGGUAGUCAAAAAGAGGAUAUUUUCUGUUCAGGAGAAGACAGUGUUGAAGGCUUUUUAGUCCAUAACUCAUCAGAUACAGUUAAAAAGAUGCCGGAUAUUAUUAACUAUCCGCCUGUUGAUGGCGAAGACUUGGAGAGGAGUGGUCAAGAGUCAUCUUUUGGUAUUGAUUUAAAAGCUGAAAAUCCCCAAAGCUCCUCCAUUAAUCCCAGUUCAGCAGAAGAGUCCUGUGAUGUUUAUCCAGUGCAAACAGAAACUUCACAUUUAGCUACUCAAAAUGACAACGAUCAAGAAGUAGAGUUAAAGGAGGACCUUACAGGCCCACUGAAGGAUCCACCAGCACUGACAUACCUCACAGAAAUUCACAGUCAACUCAGUAAAACAAUGCAGACUGAUGAGGAGGACUCAGCGCCGUCAGAGGAGCCUUAUCGAAUGAGUCUCCAGGCUUUACUGAAAAAAUCUCAGGAGUAUCGCCGGCGUCAGCGCAUGCUUCGGAGCCAGGCCAAAAGUGCUAAAAUUCAGCACAGAACUCAAGAUCAGCCAAAGUCAGAGGAGCAGAGUCUGUCUGAUAAGGAGAAUGAUGAGCAGCACACCAAAGUGACAGAGCCAAGGAAGGGUCAGGAGAGGAAUGAUAGCCAUAGUUCCAUUGUGGACCAAUCACUGAAGAGAUCCUGUGAAAGUGAUAGAAAAACUGACAUUUUUGACGAAUCACAUUUAACAAUUGAUAACCCAGCACAGACCUAUGUGAUAAAUCCUAACAGUGAAAGCUAUGACUCAAUUAGGGUGCAUAAUUGGGUAAACACAAGUGGGAAUAGAAAUGUCUCCUUGCCAAUGCCAGUAUGGACUGAAAACAUGAGCAAAAGUAGCGAGUGCAGUGCCAAUACAUCCCCCUUAGCUUUUAACGAUAUCAAGAAAUAUCAAAACAUCCCAGUCCUGAACUUUUGUAGGAGUCCUGUACCCUGUAAAGCCAAAAGCCCCUCUGCACCAUUUGAUAAGAUCACUCAAAAGGAGCCAGUGAUCAAUACGUCCAUAAAUAACGACCAGGUUGAAGGAAGUAAGAACAGAACUUCGCCUGUCAGUGUUAUAGAGAGUGAUGUAACAAGUGUUUUAGCCAAGAGUUCACAGCACAUAGAUCAGCUCGAGUUCAACCUGUCUGGCCUCAAAGUGCUGAUCUCAGAUUUGGAGUGCACGCUGACAGAGAACGUGGAUAAAAGUAACAGUCAAAGUGAGAGUCAGCAGACGCAGAUAAGCCAGAACGAUUCAGUUUGUUGGUCGGGUGAUGCUAGUCUGUCACAGAGGAGCCUAUCACCGGACAGCCUUAAAAGAAGUAAUGACAAAACUUCACUUAUAGAGACAGAAACAGUUAAUUCACAACAACAUGUUAUGGCAAUGACGACCAGUAGAGAGAAAGAUCACACAAGAGUGACAGCUUCUAAAUGUCAGAAUAUUAGAAGGCUACCAUCAGCCAAAGGUACCUUAACUACGGCACAGAGGAUGUGCAUUCCUGACAUAUUUCGCACAUGUCUCCCAGAAGCCACAAUCAGGAAUAAUGUCUCUGUAUUGUCCGAUACAAGUAACCAUUCAGUGAAAAUUUAUUCGGAUUUGGGUCGCAAUUCCCACUGCACGUCUUUGAACCAGUCCUACGAUGUGGACACUCCCUCUGAGUUGUGGCUUCACAGUGUAUAUGAAUCUCAGAGGCGUGAGAAGAAGUACAUGACCCCGAAGUGCGGAGUUGAAGGUCAGGGCGUGGGGUCAAAGGUGAAACGUAGACUUCAAAUGACAGAAGUCGUCCAAGAGAGAGAAGCAGCAGCAAGUAGAGCCAGCUCCAGCACUCCAAAAGCUGCGGCGCGGUGGCAUGAAGGCCUCGGCAGUGUGAAGGAAAGACAGGAGCAACUGAGACAGAUCCAUGCGGCACAGAUCAGAGAGCUUCAGGAAGAGCACCAACGGCAACAGCAACAACUACUACAGACGUUGGCGGAGCGUUACCAUCUUCUUCAGAUCAUGUCCUUGCCCUGCUCCGUGUCCACCUCACGUCUUGGGGACACAGUGACCUUUCCGACCCUCUCCCAGCCCUCCUCUAUCCCACUCCCGGACCACUACCGCCACCUGCUGUCUGCGGCUGCAAAGGGCUUUCUGACACGAAGGCUGCUGAGGACUGAGAGAGUGGUACAGCUGGUUCGCACCGCCAGGGAUACACAUCAGUUUUUACAGGCCUUUCAGAAGCAUAGCCCUAACAAAGGACUCCCCUCCAGACAAGACCUUAUGUUGCAAGAGAGAGUAACUCUACAGCUGCAUGCUGCACGGUUUGAGAUCCAUAAUAUCUUCUUCAGUCUAACGACUAGAGAGAGAAUGCAGCUGAUCAGCAGUGACCGAGACCUGGCCCGAGAAAGGGAGCUCAAGCGACAAAAUGGACCUGGAGGCCAACAUAGAGGAAAGAGUUUAUUGUCAGCUGCGACACAGAAGUCACUGGAGAGAAAGAGAGGUUUGAUGAUCCAGAAGAAGACAGCGGAGAGGCACCGAGGAGUUAGCAUGAGGUCUCGGCACAAGCCUGGAUUCACCGCUCAGCAGCCAUUAGAGACACAGGCAGGACAGUACAGAGCAAAUCCUCAGAGGGUCCCCAAGAGCACUUACACCUCCAGACCCCAAUGACACCCCUCUAAUUGGCCCCACUGUGGGAUCCUAAUAAGACCUCUAGCGAUUACAUGAAUAUCUUUACAUUUUAGAGGAGUUCAAAAAAAACAAAACUGACACCAAGAUAUCCCUAUUGCUGUAUAUCAUUGCUCCAUCUCCAGUGCUGUCAGUGGUUCGCUAUUUCCGUCAGACGUGAUAGUUUGACUGUGGAUAUUAUAUUAUAGAGCUAAGGAGCAGGCAAUACUGCAGUAGCUUAGAGGUAAUUUUUAUGUCUCCUGUUUCCUGUCAUUUGGGGAUCUGUCAAGAAUAUAGCAAGGAAGAUGUUUUGCUUUUGGGACUUUUUGGAAACCCUUUGAAAUGUCCAGUCUACAGUACAUGCCUAUAAUUACUAUGAAAACACAAAUGUAUUCAUAAACUAAACUGAACUUGAAAAAUAAAUACUACAUUUCAAGACUUACACUUUUUAUAGAUCAUUUUAGUAAACUAUUUUUAUUGGGUAAUUAUUUUAUUAAUUUAUUUUUUUACCAAUUUUCAUAUUUUACCAAGAUGAUCUGCCAUAUUGUUACAAAAGUACACUACUGAAUAUUUUCCCGUUUUUUAUGGAGCUGUUUUGCCUUAGCAGCAGUUGUGUGAAUACUUUGAUGCACAGUAAAUAGUUUAUAUCUUGUGCAAAUAAGAAAUAUGCCGCCUUAGUUUUUUGUUAUACAUGCCGACUAGUACAGUACUGUUACUCCAGGUAUUGCCUUGUAUUGUACAACAUAAGGUCAAAAUGCACAUGGCCUUAAUUUUUUCAUAGGUAAAGCUGUUUUUAUGUUAUUUAUUCAAGUUUGUAAUAAAUAUUUAAAAACAUG